GACACAGCAAAAACACGGCGAUGGAUUGCAAGACACGGCAAAAACACGACGACAGGACGCGGCAGAAACACGACACUGGAUUACAACAGGACACGAAACCACGAUGAUGGAUUACAACAGGACACGAAACCACGAUGAUGGAUUACCAACAGGACACGAAGAAACGCAACGAUGGAUUACAACGGCUCUUUAA